AUGGAUCUAAUUAAACACCAACACCUAUCCGACAAGCUUAUGGGGUCAAAUUCAAACAAUGGAGGCAAUAUUGAUGAGGGUUUCGAGUUUCCCGUUACACCAGGUAAAUACUGGAAUACAUCAAUGAUAUCAGCAUUUCUUUAUGAGUACUACGUUGUGUUGAGAAUUAGUAUAUCGCCAUCGAAUCCGUAUUUACUUCAUAUGGAUACGGGAAGUUCUCUCACAUGGAUUCAAUGCUUGCCGUGUGAUAAAUGUUUUGAACAAGUAGCUCCGAUGUACAAUCCAAUACGAUCCCUAACAUAUUCGGUCAAAUAUUGUUCCGAGUACAAAUCACUUUGUAGUGGAUGUAACGAACGCGGAGAAUGCACUUAUAGUAGAGUCUAUGGUGACGAAACAUAUUCGCAUGGAGUGAUUGCCGGAGAAGUUUGUAGACUUGAUCAAUCAGAUAGUGUUUUCUUGAUGAAUUUGACUUUUGGGUGUGCGCAUAAUAGUAGCGAAAAAUAUAAAGGUAUGGAUGGAUUCUUAGGCCUUGGGCGUGGUGAAUUGUCUUUUGCAUCUCAGCUUGACAGUAGGUAUGGUUUCAAAAAGUUUUCUUAUUGUCUUGUUGAUAAAUCCACGACGAAAAUACUUCCUGAAUCAUCUUUAAGGUUUGGCGAAGACGUAUUAGAUCAACCAACCGAUGUAGUAUAUACGCCGAUGAUUCAAAACCCCAAGUUAUCCUCACAGUACUUCAUUAACCUCACUAGUAUUAGUGUAGCGGAUAAUCAUAUUCCUACUCAUAUGUCACUCCCCAAUGGGAUAAUGGUUGAUUCAGGAUCCACGGAUACUUGGUUACCUAAGCCUAUUUAUGAAGCUGUGCGUGAUUCAUUCCACGCUGCUGCUCUUCAACUUGGUUGGAAACAGGACGUUUCCGAAUAUCCUGCUAAUUUGUGUUACGAUAUGAGUAUAUUUACUGAUGGGAUUAGCAUCAUUAAUACACCAGCGGUGACUUUGUACUUCGACGGUGAUGACGAUGCAUUCGUCGAGUUACAACCUCAAAACCUUUUGAGGAAUUAUCCACGGAUCGGUGUAAAUAUUCACUGUCUCGCAGUUCAGGCAAGCAUAUGGGAUGGGAUUGCAAUUCUCGGUAAUACACAACAACAAGGAAUCCGUGUUGUAUAUGACAAUGUUGCAUCAGUUAUUGGGUUUGAUCCAAAUAGCUGCUAA